AUGAAUGCUUCAACUAUUUCAGUGUUUUUUCUUUCAGGUUUGAAUGAAACCAGUCGGAAUCAGAGAUCAGCUUUAUUCUUCCUCAGUUUGCUGUGUUACUGCAUAACCAUCUUGGUAAAUAUUUCUCUUAUUCUGAUCAUCGUCUUGGACAAAGCACUACAUGAACCAAUGUAUAUUCUACUAUGUGCUUUUUGGAUUAAUGCACUUUAUGGAACAGCAGGUUUCUAUCCUAAAUUUCUAUGGGAUCUGUUUUCUCCUAUUCAUGUCAUCUCUUAUUCAGGCUGCCUUCUGCAGGUUCAGGUGUUGUAUUCCUUUGUCUGCAGUGAUCUGUCCAUCCUUGCCCUUAUGGCAUAUGAUCGGUAUUUGGCUAUAUGUCGUGCAUUAGAAUACCACUCUGUUUUGUCAGUAAGAAGGGUCAUUAUGCUGGCAUGUUCAUUUUGGUUAACAUCAUUUUUCAUUGUUGCAGUCAACAUUUUUAUUACAUCUAGACUGAGGCUAUGCAGUCCAUACAUUAAAAGACUUUUCUGUGUAAACUGGAGCAUUGUUUCACUGGCAUGUUUUCCUAAUGAAACACUAAUGAAUGCCAUUGUUGCAAACAUGACAAUAAUAAUUUACACUACCAUUGGUUUCUGUAUUGUAUGGUCUUACAUGUAUAUCAUCAAAAUAUGUGCUAAUUCUCUAGAAAACAGGACAAAGUUUUUGCAAACUUGUGUGCCCCAUCUAAUGUCACUCUCCACUUUUAUUUUGACUAUAUUGAUUGAUCUUAUCAACAGCCGACUCAGUUCCAAAGAUUUACCACAGACUUUGCAAAAUUUUAUAGCAAUUGAAUUUCUUGUCAUUCCUCCCCUUAUGAAUCCACUCAUUUAUGGGUUUAAGCUGACUAAAGUUAGAAGAAGAAUUAUGUAUUUUGUUACUUUUAGAUAUAAAAAAAUCUAA